CAGAUGUAGCUGAUUCUCAGCUGCUGCCAAGAUGAACCUUAAUGGUAAUUACCUACAGUUAAUACUGGCACUGCAGUGUACACAUAUGUUGCUUCAAGUAACUGAAGCAGAACCAGAUAGGAUUGAAGUGUCUCAAUGUCCUUCAGAAAUAGAGGUCGUUGAGGGAACGUCCAUCAACAUGGAGUGCUUUUAUGAAGAGGAACGACAUGUGGAACACAUCAGGGUAGACUGGAGCAAAGACUCAAAAUGGACUGUCAAUGCAACCAGUUCAAAUUGGACUGUCAAUCCAGUUUACGACAAUAGACUCUCUUGUACCAUAAAAAAAACAAAAGCAAAACUGACAAUUAAAAAUAUCGCUCAGGAAGAUGCGGGAUUGUAUCUCUGUAAGAUAUAUAUUGAAAUACCACCACCAGUUCGAAGAGGCUCUGGAAAUGGAACAAAAUUAACUGUGCGAGCCAAGAACAAAGCUAAUAAUAGGCCUGAGCUGGGAGCUUUGUUACUGUUGGUGAUAUUAGUUGCUGCAAUUUUAUAUUACAAGAAACGACAAAAAAGUCAGAGAAAUGCAAUGAUGCCAGCUGAUGCUGUGAGAGAAGAGAUCCAUGAAGAAAACCAUGAGAAUGAAGGAAGUGAGGAAAACUCAUCUUCAAGAGGCUCAUCUCAAUGGGUAGACUCAUCGUUGUAUCAAUCUUUUGACUAUUUUGCAAUCAAAGGUGGAAACAAAGGAACCAGUUGCAAUGCCUCAAAUAGUUGAAUUUUCCACAUCCUGCGUUAUGCAAAAGGAGAAAAGUAUUUUCAAAAUAAACUUUGCUCGUAUUUUAACUUUUUCAAAAUUUCAGCAAGACUGAAAGUCAUCAGCUGCUCUCUGACUGGAAGCUAUGCUGUGAUGGGAAAGAACCCUGCCAUGAGUUAGCAGAAGCUGUGUCAGGUGGUAUGGUCUGCUGGAGCACCAGUGUUAAACACCAUGGAUCAGAGAAACAAAGACUUGAUUUCCCCAUUCUGUUGCUUUUCUGCUGUCAGCUGUUUUGUGGAGUGUUUUAUGGAGUGAGGCACUAAAUGGUGCAGAAGCAUCUUCCCAGGGGGCGUUUGGGAAUGGAAUGGAGACAGAUUCUCAGCUGCAGAAGGUCGGUAGCCUGGGGAGACUCGUGAAAGAGAAAAGUUGGUGGGGGAUUGGUGGAGGGAGAAAAGUGGUUCAUACCAUCACUAGAGGUUAACAUAAAACCAAACCCAGUGAUUUUGUGAAAAGAGUGUACACAACAUUUUUUGCCUUUCACAGUUUGGGCUUUAAUUCAAACAUGAUCAUGGAAUCUAUCAACACAGUGCUGUGGUGUUUGAGCAGUAAUGUAAUACAAUGGAAAGUUGCAGUGCCCUACCUGAGUUUUUGUUCGAAGCUGCGCUGUUGCAGGAUGGUCUCCAAGCCAUCAUUGAAGCCCAGAGACAGUGAAUUGUACUCCUGAGGAAAGGAAAUCAAUGAGAAAAUUUCAACAUUAUAUUCUUAAGGAUGUCCUAAUAAUUGAUGUAUAGCAGCAUUAAAAGUCAUUACCUUA